AUGGAGUCUUUUGAAGGACCUAGUCGUGUUAGCAGGGCUAAUUUAUUAGAAGUCCCCACUGUAAAUGAUUUCUCUUCAGAGGACGAAGAUGUUAAACCUGACAUUAAGCUUCGUUUCUCUCCACUUCCCCGAAGGCGGAAUUCUGCUUCUUCAGAGGAAGAGGAGGCAGAUACCCCCACCACCAUUUCAAGAAAAGUUUCAUUUGCUGAUGCAUUUGGGUUUGAUCUUGUGUCUGUUAAAGAGUUUGAUACCUGGGAAGUUCCAAAUACAGGACAAAAUUAUGACAUAGAAGAUGAAGUUUUCCCUCAGGAGGAAUAUUUCUUUUCUGAAAUGUUUACAUUACCUGCUUCACAAGAAGAACUUUUGCAAAAAGUGCGAGAGCAGAAAGUACUGUUGGAGUCAAUUAUGUUCCUGCCUGGGAUUACCUGUAUGAAUGGCAUUAUACGAGUCCUCAAUGUAUCCUUUGAAAAAAUGGUGUAUGUUCGAAUGACACUGAAUAACUGGCUCAGUUAUUACGAUAUCCUUGCAGAAUUCAUGCCUAAUUCUUGUGGCAGUGAAACUGAUCAAUUCUGCUUUAAGUUAUCUUUGGUGCCUCCUUAUCAACGAGAUGGAGCUAAGGUGGAGUUCUGUAUACGCUACGAGACAUCGGUUGGUACCUUCUGGGCAAACAACGAGGACAAAAAUUACACACUGAUUUGUCACAAAAAAGAAACUGUGCCCAAGGUGGAUAAUAAACCACACAAAGAGGUUACUGAUAGACAUCUUAAAGGCUGCUUAAAGACAACACAAAACAGCAAAGAAGAAAUAUUGGCAACGUCUGAUGAUGACACAUGGAAUAAUUCAAGGACUUCAGACACAAACAUCCCAGAGAUUGUUUAUUCACAAGCUGAAGACAAAGACACCAAACCAGUUAAUGAAAAUAUAAAAGAUAAAAAUGCAGAAUACAACCCAAGUGAUCAUGAAGAUGAUGAAAAAGAAUUAGAGUUGCUGCUAAAUCAGCACUUCACAGGAGCUAGAGAUACCUCUUCCAGAGAUGAAAGGAAUUUAUACAAAACAGAACCAGUUAAUUUUACAAGUGAAACUGAAAGAUUGGAGAAAAAGCUAACCUGUAUAGAAGGAAGCAGUGACUUGCACCCUGUGCCUAUGAGUUCCUCAUCUGAAAACACUUCUCAAGAGAUAAAAGGAAAAUUAAAAGAUAAAGAUAAGUAUUCCCUAAGAGAUUAUAAUAGUCAGCCAUCAGGGAAGGAAGUCACUGCUGGCUCAGUAAACAGCAGUGAGAGCUCUUUGGAACAUACUUUGGAACCUACAAGUGAAAGACUUUUGUUGGGAAAAUAUUUUCCGGGGACAAAGCAGAAUGAGGCUAUCGAUAUCACAGCUACAGUCUCAAGCCGACAAGGAGAGAUCCACACAGAUAUUUCAGAAGGUGAAGCAGAUAACAUCUUGGGAACUAAGAUGAUGGAGAGGUUAUUCAUCAGUGAGGAUACUGCUGAUACCUCUAAAGGGGCCUGUGAGGUGAGACCAGAAUCCAUUUCUCCAGAGCAUGAUGAAUCCAUGCAAUUAAAUGCAUGCAUAGCAGGGACACUGGAUGGCAAUGCUAAUCCAGCUCCAGAGCACCAGGCACCACAAAUGGCUCACCAAACUCUGGAUUCAUUGUUGUCAGAUGCUGACAAAAAUGAAGGAAAAAUCAAGAUGAUUGAAAGCAAAGUUCAGGUACAUUUAAGAGGAGAUUUAUAUGCCGAUACUUUUGCACAUGCUGAUGUCUCAAUAGAUUCCACAAAAAGCCAAUAUAGGCAAAAAAAUGGAGUUGGUGAAAUGUCAGGAAAGAACUAUAACACUGAUGCAGGGAAGGAGAAGAAAGUCAUUGAAGUAGCCGACUUAGCACUAAUCGGUGAGGAGGAAGCACCCAAGCCUUUGAAGUCACAUAGAAAACACGCCACCAAAGCAUUGAACACAAUGCCUCUGUCAGCUGAAGACAACAAACAGGCACCCAGGCCUGCACAGGCAGAUCCCCCGGCAUCCUCUCUGGGGGAUGAAAGGAGAGCUGAAGACACUCGGGAACACAGAGUAUUCACAAGGUUAAAAGACAGAGGAAAGUCAGACAACACAAAUAAAGGAAGACUGAUAGGAAAGGAAAAUGAAGCAAACCCCGUGGAGCAGAGGUGGCAGGAAACGGGUAGCGAGGUUCGGUGGGGAGCGAGGGGGAACAUAGGGCCUUGGAGUACAUCUUCCACAAAGGAGUUGUUUAUUUGCCAGGAGGCAGAGAGUUGUGAAAAGUCUUCUGUCUCCGGGCAGGGUAUUGCAGAGGAAGCAAAAGCAGGUACAGCUUAUAUAAUUAAAACAACAUCAGAAAGUGCUUCAGAAAAAAUGUCUGCCAGUGAAAAAGCAGUAAUUGCUAAGCUACCUCAAGAGACUGCAGUAAGUGACAGGCCCACAGAGGAAAAGGAAACAGCGUUUGAUACACAUGAAGGGAGAAAUGAUGGUUCACAUUAUGCUCUUUGUCAACUCAACACAGUGGGUGUAUUAUAUGACACUGAAUUUGAAAAGGAAUCAGUUUUAGGUAUUUAUAAUGCAUGCGUACAUGAAACACUGCAAGGAGAAACGAUGUCUGUAUGCAAUAGAAGGGAAAAAUGUGACAAAGCACAACCAGACAUCGGCAAUAUUCUACCUGUAGGAGAAGCACUGAAGGCUUCUGCUACAGGAAGGAAACAGGAUUUGCAGCAGGGUUUAUAUUCAGAAGUAUCUAAAUGUCCCUCCCUGAGCACCCAGAAGCAUCUAUACAGUGAGGAAGCAGAAGAGCUCUAUAGGGAAGAAAGCUGUGUUGGUACACUUUCCUAUUUACAUGCUAAAGCUGAAACAAAAAUGCCACCUUCUGGUACAAAUGCUGUGCCUGGUUACCAUUACAAAAGCUCUUCAGUGGCAUCUUCUGAAGGUUCCACUGUGGCAGGAAAUAUGGAGCAUCUGCAUAGACACUUUGAAUUCAAAGUCAUUGACAAGGUUGCUGCUGAGUCAGGGUAUGAUUUAAACCUACCAAAUGAAAUGACAUGUAUUAAUAAAAACCUCUCUCCUGAAGCUGAAAAAAAAGAAGUACCUUCCACUUCAGACAUAGCAAUUUCUAGAGAAGGAAGAGGAAGGAAUAUAGAUCAAUGUUUCCAUCAAGCAGAGUUCAAACAAGAGAAGUCACUGAGGCCAGAGGUUUUAAUUAGUAAGGCUACUGAAGAAGCUGGAGGGACAGGCUCUCAAUCUGACCAUUUAAUAACUGAGGGGAAAACACUAAAGUGGCUUGAUGACUCACAAAAGGAAAGCCAACACAUUUCUGAUUCUACAGGUAUUUCUAACCAGAAGAGUGAAGCACGUAAGUUACCUAAUGAAUCUCCAGGUUUAAAACAUAUUGCUUGCAAAAUCUUGUAUUUCUUCGUCUUUCUUCUAUUUGCUGCAACACUCUACCACUACGAUUUGAUGGUUUGUCUUGCACUCUAUCUGUUCUCUUUAUAUUGGCUAUAUUGUGAAGGAGGAAGAAACGAGGAGUCUGUCAAGAAGGAAUAACACUGUUUGAUUGUCAACUGUGCUCAAGAUCCGUAGUCCAACCCCUCCAAAGCAUCUUCACUGUUAAGGAGCUUUUUCAUUGUUAGAACCAAAGCAAGUUUUCCACUGAAGAAUCUUUUUAAAAAGAUUACAUAUGAAGUUGAGCCUUCAUACAAGUAAUUAUACUAUAUAGGACCAUUAUGUUUGGAUCAUUAAAUACCUAUAUGAAUAUGAGUUCUGAAGCACAUCAAGUUAAAAUGAAGUACAGCUGUUGCUCCUUCGCAGGAUACAAAGAAGCAAUGCUUCAUAUCUCUUUAGUACUUAAA